AUGAAGUACUACGCUGGCGUAGCAUUCUUUUCGUUGCUCGUUGGAACUACGGGAGGAACUAAAGGCGCAAGUCACGAGCAAACCACCAACCUGGGUAACAUACAGCCCACCACCAGUAUCAAGUAUCGCUACAGCGACCUCAUCUUCUACGACUCCAACGCAAGAGCCGACUCCAACUUCCCCGACUGUCUUUACCAGCUCUUCUUCAGCCUGGUCAAACAGUACUUCCACUACCUCCUCGACCCUCAUCUCUAUAUCCGUCCCACUCCAGGUCCUCAACCGUACACCUUCUCGAUCGAGAUAAGCAACCAACGACAACAUGUCGGCCAAUGGUAUGGCCGCUACAUAGGCGAAGGCCUGACUGAGACGCUCAAGGAUCGCUGCGACGAUGACAAAACUGGUGCUGAUACCUGCAAGACCAAGAAGGACAAAUUUGACAACAUAGAGUACUCGGACAAAGAUGGUAUCGUGGAACGGGGAAUAGAAGUCGUUGAAGUCAACGUUGAGAGUGACUACAUCCCCAGUAAAGACGAAGGAGGGGCCAAGUACAACGGAAAGUCGCUACAGAACGCCUUCAUUGCUCAAAUCGCAGAUACCUUCCAGAAGAGUGGCGAGGACGAGAAAAACUGUUACAAGUUCGACCAAAAGUCUACAAUUUGCCUCGGUUGCUCCCAUAUUUGUCCGUCCUUCAAUGCGAGGAAGAAGAUACUGAGGUGGUGUAACGCGCCCGAGUAUGUUCGAGUGAGCGUCAAGGACGGAGAAGGAAAAGAAGUCGCACAUAUGAAGGUCGUGCUCAAGUUCACGGGACGCAAACAUAAAGCACACCGCCAACAGGCGCAACAGAACAAGCCGUGGCGCAACGCUGAAAAAGGUCGAAAGGGCAAAGGCAAAAGAGGCAGGAUGGGACAGGACGAGUCACGGGUUGUAGACCCGAAUGCGCCACCUCAGACCUUAUCGGCGCGUACUCUGGAGGCUCUUGCGCAAUACAUCAAGGAUGGGCGCGCGAAGAAGAUUGUCGUAAUGACAGGCGCGGGCAUAAGCACAUCUGCCGGCAUACCAGACUUCAGAUCACCAGAAACCGGUCUAUACGCCAACCUCGCUCGCCUGAAUCUGCCGUACCCCGAAGCCGUCUUCGACAUCGACUUCUUCCGCAAGACCCCCGAGCCGUUCUAUUCUCUCGCUCAAGAACUAUACCCCGGGAAGUUCAGGCCGACGAUAACACAUUCCUUCAUAAGCUUGCUCUAUCAGAAAGGGCUGCUACUGAAGCUCUUCACACAAAACAUUGACUGCCUGGAGCGCGAGGCUGGAGUCCCCGGCGAUAAGAUAAUAGAGGCACAUGGCAGUUUUGCGACACAAUGUUGCAUCGACUGCAAGAAGUCGUAUCCAAAGGAGCGCAUGAACGAAGCCAUCCAGAACAAAUCGGUGCCGCGCUGCGUCGACUCAUUAUGUGAUGGACUCGUCAAGCCCGAAAUCGUCUUCUUCGGAGAACAACUGCCAUCCGCAUUCUUCGACAAUCGAGGCCUCCCAGCACAAGCCGACCUGUGCAUAGUCAUGGGCACGUCGCUCAGCGUAGCUCCUUUCUCUUCGCUACCACAACUUUGCGAAGACGAGACCCCGCGACUGCUCAUAAACUCAGAGAGGGUUGGCGAUAUGGGAACACGGCCAGACGAUGUUUUGUUGCUGGAGGAUUGCGAUAGCGGUGUGAGAAAGUUGGCAGAGGCAUGCGGGUGGACAGAAGAGCUGGGGGCGCUCUGGGCAACAACCGCGCCUGCUGAGGAACCCGUGGCACCCAAGGAGACAGUCAAGAAGAGCCACGACGAGUUGCUGGAAGAUGAGGUCGACAAACUCACGCGCGACGUGGAAGAGAGUUUGAGGUUGAACCAAGCGGAACACAAAUGGCUCGAGAACCACGUCGAUAACAAACUGGCAAGGAAACAGGACGAUGAUCAGGACGGAGAUCAUCCUGCGAUAGAAUUGCAACCAACAAUCGAUGCGUCGUCAAGGUUGAGUCCUAGCGAGACGAAAACGGACCCUGGUGGUGGGCUAGGACAUGUGUUUCCCCACAUGAAUAAGUCUUCGCUAUAG